AUGGCUGCGCUGUACGACCAUGGGCCUGGCCAUCAACUCGGACAGGGUCCGGCGCCCUUUGGACCCCAGCAGUUGGGCGACGACAAGGUGUGGUCGCAGGCGCAGAUGUUCGCGAUGCAGCAGGGCAUACCGCUGUUUACUCCUCCGGCAACGUCCCAUGGCCAAGCGCAGGUGCACCCUCAGCAGCAGGCCGCGUUUCUUAUGAGCCUGCAACGUCAGCAGGCGCUCCUGCAGCAGCAGCAGCAACAGCAACAGCAACAGCACGAACGACGGCUUCUUCUGCCGGAUCUGCGGCGGGUGCCGGCGUCGGCCGCAGACAAGCAGUGGGAGCAUGAAUAG